AUGAGAACUGUAUCAUCGUUUGGCUUUUGGGGCCUUACGCUAUCUAGUACAGCCUCAGCUUUUGUCGGAUAUGGCAUUCCCAUGUACCAACCCAAUUGCGCAUUUGCUUGUCGGGAUCAGUUCUCAAGCGCUCAUCUAGAAUGUACCUCUAUGAACCAUAAUGGGGGAGGUCACCACGGUAGCAGUGCUACAACUCCAGAAUGCUAUGCACAAGACACCAAUUGGCUCACGACCCUCGCUUACUGUAUCAAUCAAACAUGCACAGAUAUACCCAAGUUCAAACUAGAGGCAUAUUGGGCUGAAAGAGUUACGAAAAACAGUCGCGGGAAUAACCUGGAGCCGAAGUGGACGUAUCAAGAGACUUUGUUCCACAUGGAGGGACGGCUACUACCGAUUAGAACACUAGGAAAGGAUGAAGCUUUGAAUUUUACUGCGCUGUAUGACCCUGAGGCUUGGGAGUCUGCGCGUGGAUCGUUGCAGGCUUUCGAGCUCGCUGAAACCAAUCACACGAAAUAUGGUAUCAUCCUACUAGUCGUCAGCUUUGCCACGCCCGUCUUCAUCACCGCUCUCGGCUACCUUCCCUUUGGAUCCAGUAUUAUCGACAAGCUGAAACCACGCAUGGUAUGGCCCUCCCUCAUCAAAACCUACCAUACUCGCGCCCUUCCAUUCUCGCUUGGAAACGCUCCCACUCGUGGCCAGACGAUGUACAUCAUUUUCUUUGUGAUUCUCAAUAUCAUCGCAACGGCUGCUGGUUAUCACUCAUUCCAGAAUCCUGCAAACUCAAUGUUCGACGAUCGCUGGCAAGAAAUUAUGGCGUAUAUCUCCUCGCGGACAGGUGUACUGGCGUUUGCAUUGGCUCCGCUUACUAUUCUUUUGGCUGGUCGGAACAACAUCCUACUAUGGCUCACGAACUGGAGUCACUCGACGUACCUACUUUUACAUAGAUGGGUGGCUCGGGUCUUCACACUCCAAGUUAUCCUACACUCGAUACUAGAGUUCAUGCUGUACAAGAGAAGAGGUGAAGUAGGCGCCGAGCAAAAAGAACCUUACUGGAUCUGGGGCAUUGUUGCAACCGUUGCAUGCGUCAUUAUGGUCGUUAUCUCAACACUCUACUUCCGCCGCAUGACCUACGAGAUCUUCCUCAUCGUUCACAUUAUCAUGGCGAUAUUCGUAAUAGCUGGCUCAUGGUACCAUGUCGAGAUCCGUUUUACUAGGAAAUGGGGAUACGAACUUUGGCUCUAUGCCGCUUGUGCUGUGUGGUUCUUUGACCGAAUUAUCAGAGUGGGGCGAAUCCUGAAGAACGGUAGGCGGAAGGCAGAGGUUACGCAAAUCACGGAGGACAUCGUGAGGAUUGAUGUGAAGGACGUGAGAUGGCAGGCAUUGCCAGGGAGGCAUACGUAUGCCUACUUCCCCACGCUCAACCCACUGCGACCAUGGGAGAACCACCCGUUCUCCAGCAUCCCGACUGCUCUGUUGCAGUCGCGUGGGCACAGCGUCACGGCUUCCAGCUCAUCCUCUGGGUCCCAACAUUCAGCUGAAGACAUUGAGAAGAGCGGUGCCAUCGGGAAGAAGGGCCCUUCUACUACCAUCACCAGACCCAAGACACACGGUGGCAGCACAGCGGGCAUAUCGCUGUAUGUCCGCAAAUCUGCUGGUCUUACAAAAGCAUUGAACCAACACGCCUCACUGCUUACACUACUCGAUGGUCCUUACCCUAACAACUCUACAUCCGGUGUCUUGAAGACUGACCGUCUCAUCCUCAUCGCUGGCGGUAUCGGCAUCACAGCGAUACUCCCUUUCAUCGCACACCAUCCAAACGUAAAGUUAUACUGGAGUGUCAAGGCGUCGGGGCAAGGUCUAGUUAAUGAUCUUAGUGACGUGCUUCAGGGCUUGAGAGAAAAGGAAGUCUCGGUUGGCGGUAGAUUGGAUGUUACCAGUACCUUGGAAAAGGAGGAGGCUGAGGGUUGGAAGAGAAUCGGUGUAGUUGUUUGCGGACCCGGCGGAUUAUGCGACAAUGUGAGGAGUAUAGUAUGUCGGAAAGGGAGGGAGGGUGGUGCUGUCUGGGAGUUGGAUGUUGAAGCUUUCUCUUGGUGAGUAUGUUCUAAGUUUGUCUGAUUGGCAUUGUUGCCAUCAUAGACCUAUCACAAAUACGAAAUGUAGUAUGGAAUGCCUCCUAUACAAGUUCAACCCCUUUCUUGUCUAAAGUAAUGACAAGUUCAAUGAAAUAUGUCUAGUCUUUCUCGUUCAGCAUGAUCGCACAUCCAAUCAUUCAUGCAAAGAGCUGAUGUUUCGCCUAUAUCCAUAUAAAUGCCGCUAGACACGAUCUCUUUUU